ACCUGGAACCUAAAUGAAGCCGAUACUCAUCCACACAAGUAAAUGCAGUUCUAGGUGUAACCUUGACAGCUUCCCUGUGCAGCAGGAAAGGACAACGUGCCCCUUCAACAGACACGCGCACACACACGCACACGCACAUGCACACGCGCGCGCGCGCGUAUAACGAGUUCGUCUUUCCUUCAGUGAAGUCUGACAGGAAUGAGGUCAGACACAACGAUCCUCCUUGCACAUUAUUAUUAUUAUUACCCGUUUUUUCUUAUUCGGCCAAUGGGAGGCCGGGAGGGGGGCGGGGCCCGGGUGACAAAGUCGGUAUGGAGACAGACGCCGAUUGGCUCUGGCGUCUCGCGCUGAAGGUAUAAAGGGGCGAAGUUCUCGUUGUUGUGUUUACAGUAAUAUUACGCAGCGCGCAGCAAACAGGGAGACUAUGAGCACGCGCAGCCGCUCCAUUCCACCACAUGGUUCCUCAACCGCGCCGACGAGCUGCGCUGCACACCGCCGGGUUCGCAUAAGGGACUUGAACCGCUGUGGCCCCCGGCGCCGCGUUCCGAGGCUCGCAGGGCGCGUUUUCAGCCGCACGGGCGGUUGAAACUUGCUGUUGGGUAUAGUUUCGGGAUACAUAUGUUCUUUUUUCGGUUGUUGUGUUUCCGCGAAGCGCACUGGUACGAGUUGAAAAAAAAAAAAGCAGGCGCGUGAAGAAAAGAGGAGACUCGGAUGAACUUUUCAGACCAGUGUGGUUUUUAAAGCGCCCUAAAUAAGACCAGCGAGGAGUUUUCUUUCUUUUUUUUUCCUUUUUCGGCUAAAGCCUUUUGAGAACUCGGUCGCUGAAACUGUGUCUGGAGGACAGGAUGGUGCAGCACAUGAGCCAGACCGAGAGCGCCCACGCGCAUUCUCCCGGCGGGGACUCCACGGACACGGGAGAAAUGGACUUGGAGAUGGACGUGUCUCCGUCCCUCUCCUCCGGGGUCCGGAGAGACUUGGCGUGGUGUAAAACUCCGACGGGGCACAUCAAGCGACCCAUGAACGCGUUCAUGGUGUGGUCGCAGAUCGAGAGGAGGAAGAUCAUGGAGCAGGCGCCGGACAUGCACAACGCGGAGAUCUCCAAGCGGCUGGGGAAGCGCUGGAAGCUGCUGAAAGACACUGACAAGAUCCCGUUCAUCCGCGAGGCGGAGCGGCUUCGGCUCAAACACAUGGCCGACUACCCAGACUACAAGUACCGGCCCAGGAAGAAGGUCAAGUCGGGAAGCGGAGCGAGUAAGCCGGCGGAGCGCGGGGAGAAGAGCGGCGAGCGCAGCGCCAAACCCGGCGUGAAAAGGAGCCCCGCGGCGAAAGGAGCGAGCCGGACGCACAAACAGGGGGUCACCAAGAGCGCCGCGGGGCAGGACUACGCGUCUCCCGGCGACCACCAGGCCCUCUUCAAAUCCAGGUCAGUGUCCGCGGCGAGGCAGAUCCCGGAGAAGCGCGCCGGGGAGGCGAGGCGCGGCCACAUGUUCGGCGGGGCCGGCAGCCUGGAGAGCGGGCCUCCCUCCGUGGGGGUCCCGGCCAGUCCCACCCUGAGCAGCUCGGCGGAUUCCAGCGACCACGCCAGCCUGUACGACGAGCCGAGCCCCGCGGCCAGCGAGUCCUCGCGCACCGCGCGCCUCAGGUACGCUCGCGCCUCCUCCCCGACGCCCUCCGCCUCGCACUCCUCCUCGUCGGUGUCAUCCUCGUCGUCGGAUGAGGAGUUCGAAGACGAGCGAGUCGAACCGAACCCGAGCCCCGGGUUUGAGACCAUGUCCCUCGGCGGCAUGGGCUUCUCCGACCCGGAGCUGGACCGGGACUUGGACUGGAGCUUCGGGGAGUGCGGGGCGGGAUCUCACUUCGACUUCCCCGACUACUGCACCCCGGAGGUCAGCGAGAUGAUCUCGGGAGACUGGCUGGAGUCCCCCAUCUCCAACCUGGUGUUCACCUACUGAAGAGGACCGCGGUGGCGAGAAGACACGACGUCACCCCCCCACCACCCCCCCCCCCCACGUUUUGAACUGUUCUAAUACCCAGGACAGGCGCGGGGGUCCCCCCCAGAAUAUUUCCGCCUUCCUUUCACCAGAUGAGGGGGAGUGAAAACGGGAGAAAAAAGGUGGCCUGUGCGCGCGUCGGAGCCCCAGGUACGUUCAGACGGCGCUCCGCGCGCCCGACGGGAACGCGCAGAGGGGGGAGAAAUGCUGAGUUUGCGUUCGGACGCGGAGGAGCAGUGAAUGUAAGCGGAGCGCCGCGAGACACACGUGACAAACCAGCCCGCAGAGGACGAGGACCGAGACACGACUUUUGGAUCUCCGUGUUGAUUUGGGCCGGAAACGGGGGACAUUUACUGGACCGCUCGUUUUUUUGGGGGGGGGGGGGGGGGGCUUUGUCCAAGAAACAGCCAACUCACAUUGACCAUCAAGUUGCUAUUCAGGUGUAGUUUUUUUCCCCCAAACUCAAGAUAGUUUUGAAUAUCAACACGCAUGCCCUCUGCGAUAAGGAGGAUUUUGUUGUCGUUUAAUGCGUAAAAAAAAAAAAAAAGUUCAUUGCUGCGUAAUUACGCAAUUUGUGUGACCGUAGGACACAAUUCACUAUCACCAGCUUCUCUUUCAACGGCAGGACUUGUAAACAAAGACUGACUCCAAACUUCAGAAGCCCUUUUUCUGAACCUUUUUAAACACUCAGUGCACAAUUCAGGACCAACGUCCCCCGACGCGCGUCCUUUCCGCCUAGUGCUUCAAACUUUGUAGUUCCUGUGUCAGAUGACGUUUUUUUUUUAUAUCGAUGUAUUUAUACCGGCCAAACUUUUUUAUACAUAGAAGUAUUGUUCUCGUGCAGGUCUCGUUUGUGUUUGUGCACAUACACCUGUCUGUAUCCAGCGCGGAAGGGCUAGAAGUGUAUCUUAUUUAAAAUGUCCGACUUCUCUCACUUUUAAGGAGACUUGAGUGUGUCAUGAUUUUCUACUUGUAUUUUUGUAUAAAAUCUAUAGAAAGGGGCUUUCCAGCGUGUUGGGUAGCCUCCAACAUUGUUGUUUGGAUCUACAUCGGUGUUUAGAUGUGCAGAGGGGGGGUUGGGGGGGUUGUUUGGCACAAUCUGACCUCACACAGUGUUUACAGUAUUUACCCACAUGCUUCUUAACGGCACAGUGGCUCCAGUUUCACCAGCCAAGUAAACAAAGCGCCACCGGUCUGAGUGGUGACUGUUUCCAGGACACAUUAGACCUGAAGUAGAUGCGUGUCAGAUCCCAGAGAGUCACUGUUUGGAUAAAGCUGAUACCUCUGUGUGCUUUUUUUUUUUUUUUUUUCUUUUUUUAUCAUGAUAAGUUUUAUUUGAACCACUGGAUGGAAUUUCACACUCAUUCCACUUUGCCUAGACUUUGGAGGGAGGGAGGGAGAUGUAUGAAGUGCUUCAUCUGUUAUUGCGCAAAUUGCAUCAAAAAAUAGUAUUUAACCUUUCUGUACCUGUUGGCUAAGUAUAGCAGGCUAAUUGUUUUCCUAUAUUAUGGCAUGGCAAAUAGCAUUUGUAUUUCAGAUUCAGGUAUAUGUAGCUAUAGCUGUUGUGUUUAAGAUUUUUAAAAGAAUAAUAACAUGAAGAUAUUUAUGUAAACUGACUGUACUAUAAGCAAAGAUUGUGUGUUUUAUGUAUGAUACUGAUCAACGACAGGCACUAGGACAGCCAUCUUUGGACAUCCUUAUGUUGAAGAUGAUUGUGGUCCAGGAGUUUCUUUUUUUUUUUUUUUUUUACCUUUGAGACAUCUUGUCUAUUGUCCUUUUUCUUUUUUCAUUUGUGCAAUAGGCUGUGUAUGAUCAUGUUUUGUCCAAUCAUGCCAAUAUCAUUUGAUGUUUAUAGCUCAAAACCAGCCAACGUUUGGGUCAAUCACUGCCUCUCAGACCUCUGUACAGAUUGUCGUUUUUUUAAUUUGUUUUUCUUUUCUUCCAAGAAGGAAAUAAAAUCAGCUGGAACUGAAAAGUA